AUGGAAGACGACGGAGGAGAGAAAUCGAGCUUCGUGAUCGGUCUCAUCGAGAACAGAGCCAAGGAGGUUGGAGUGGCUGCUUUUGACUUAAGGUCGGCUUCGUUGCAUCUUUCCCAAUACAUCGAAACCAGCAGCUCAUAUCAAAAUACGAAAACCUUGGUUCAUUUCUACGAACCUAUGGUGAUCAUUGUUCCUCCAAACAAGUUGGCACCUGAAGGCAUGGUUGGAGUUUCUGAAUUGGUAGACAGAUUUUAUGGUUCAGUCAAGAAGGUUGUAAUGAGCCGCAGUUGUUUUGAUGACACUAAGGGUGCUGUGCUGAUUAAAAAUCUUGCAGCAAAGGAGCCUUCAGCACUUGGUUUGGAUACUUACUACAAGCAAUAUUAUCUGUGCUUGGCUGCUGGCGCGGCUACUAUCAAGUGGAUAGAAGCAGAGAAAGGGCUUAUUGUUACAAAUCACUCGUUAUUGGUCACUUUUAAUGGAUCAUUUGAUCACAUGAAUAUUGAUGCUACAAGUGUCCGAAAUUUGGAGAUUAUUGAGCCACUACAUUCCACGUUGUGGGGCACAAGCAACAAGAAAAGAAGUUUGUUUCACAUGCUUAAGACAACAAAAACCGUUGGAGGGACUAGACUUCUUCGUGCCAACCUUUUGCAGCCAUUAAGAGAUGCCGAAACCAUCAAUGCACGUCUUGAUUGCCUGGAUGAACUGAUGAGCAACGAAGAGCUUUUCUUUGGACUCUCCCAGAUUCUGCGUAAAUUUCCAAAAGAGACCGAUAGGGUACUUUGUCACUUUUGCUUCAAGCCAAAGAAAGUUACAAAUGAAGUCUCUGGUGUUGAUUCUUCAAGAAAGAGGCAGAUGUUGAUAUCAAGUGUCAUUCUUCUUAAAACUGCCUUGGAUGCCCUGCCUUUGCUCUCAAAGGUGCUUAAGGAGGCAAAGAGUUUUCUUCUUGCAAAUAUUUACAAGUCUGUGUGCGAAAAUGAAAAAUAUGCUCUCAUUAGAAAGAGGAUUGGAGAGAUGAUCGAUGAAGAUGUGCUACAUACACGGGUUCCUUUUGUAGCUCGAACGCAGCAGUGUUUUGCAGUCAAGGCUGGAAUUGAUGGACUCUUGGACAUUGCCCGGAGAUCAUUUUGUGAUACUAGUGAAGCUAUCCAUAACCUUGCUAACAAGUACCGUCAAGAUUUCAAGUUGCCCAAUUUAAAACUCCCGUUCAAUAGUAGACACGGGUUCUACUUUAGCAUUCCACAGAAAGAUAUUCAAGGAAAGCUUCCUAGCCAAUUCAUUCAGGUCUUGAAACAUGGGAACAAUAUACGUUGCUCAAGUCCAGAACUAGCAUCUCUAAACGUCAGAAACAAAUCUGCAUCUUCGGAGUGCUAUAAACGAACAGAACUUUGCCUUGAAGCACUAGUAGAUGCCAUACGAGAAGAUGUUUCUGUGCUCACACUGCUUGCAGAGGUCCUAUGCCUAUUAGAUAUGCUUGUCAAUUCAUUUGCACAUGCAAUUUCCACAAAGCCUGUUGAUCGUUAUACUAGACCAGAAUUUACAGAUGAUGGCCCAAUGGCAAUUGAUGCUGGAAGACACCCGAUAUUGGAGAGCAUACACAGUGACUAUGUUCCCAAUAACAUUUUCUUGUCUGAGGCAUCCAACAUGGUGAUUGUCAUGGGCCCAAACAUGAGUGGAAAAAGCACCUAUCUUCAGCAAGUCUGUCUUAUAGUUAUUCUUGCUCAGAUCGGUUGUUAUGUUCCAGCCCGCUUCUCAACCCUUAGAGUUGUUGAUCGAAUAUUUACUAGGAUGGGUACAGUAGAUAAUCUGGAAUCAAACUCUAGUACGUUCAUGACAGAGAUGAGAGAGACAGCUUUCAUCAUGCAAAAUGUCUCCCAAAGGAGUCUAAUUGUUAUGGAUGAGCUUGGGAGGGCCACGUCUUCAUCUGAUGGGUUUGCACUUGCAUGGAGCUGCUGCGAGUAUCUCUUAUCACUGAAAGCGUAUACAAUAUUUGCUACUCAUAUGGAGAACCUAUCAGAACUAGCAACCAUAUACCCCAAUGUGAAAAUUCUUCACUUUAAUGUUGAUAUCAGAAAUAAUCGCUUAGAUUUCAAGUUUCAACUAAAGGAUGGACCAAGACAUAUACCACACUAUGGCCUUCUAUUAGCAGAGGUGGCAGGCUUACCAAGCUCCGUCGUUGAAACGGCCAGAAACAUCACAUCCAGGAUAAAGGAAAAGGGAAUGAAGCGGAUGGAAGUAAACUGUCUACAAUACCAUCCAAUGCAAAUGGCUUAUCGUGUAGCUCAGCGGCUAACAUGCCUGAAAUACUCUAGCCAAGAUGAGGAUUCAAUCAGACAAGCAUUGCAUAAUCUUAAAGAGAGCUACAUUAAUGGACAGCUUUAGGUAACUUUUUGCAUCAUAUAACCAGAGGAAUUAUUUUCACACCUUCAGUACAACACUGGCAAGCGGC